AUGCUGGCGUUGAUCGAAGACCAAGCACAGAGUCUUUAUAUGGAGGGCAUUCGCCUCAACAAUGAAAUACAGCAGCUGGACGAACGAAUAGGCGAGAUGCAGGAGCUUAUCGAUACGUUUACAACAAGGUUGAACCAAUUGAGGAAAAGAACAGAAGCUGAUGUCGUGCGGAGGGACAAAAAUGGCGAGGUCAUAUUUCUUCGACUCAAGCUCACAGGUGCUGCUCACAGCACUGUGUUGUUUGUCAAUUGUUGUUCGCUAGUAGCAAUAGUGUGCAUUCUUCUCCUCCAAGUUCUUCAAUCGAGCAUUAUGCAAUAA